AUAGACUAUAGUCUAGUUUGACCUCGCGAGGUCACCACUAGUAGCGCUGUUUAUUUAUGUGUAAUUUUCGUAGUGGGAGCGGGGAACGUAAGCCGGAUUUUCAGAAAUAACCAAACUUGGAGCGUUUUAUCUGCAUUAUUUUGAGUUUCCUUGAAAAGGUUUUUUUAUACGUAAGGCUCUCGGCAUUUAAUGGGGCGAAAACUUAACUGGGAACCAUUUUUGUUUGGUGGAUUAGCAUCGGUGACUGCUGAAUGUGGAACUUUUCCAAUAGAUACAACGAAAAUUCGUUUACAAGUUCAAGGUCAGACAAUAGAUGCAAGAUUAACUCAGUUGAAGUACAAUGGCAUGAUCCAUGCCUUCUAUAGAAUCUUUAGAGAGGAAGGAAUAACUGCGUUAUACUCAGGGAUAGCACCGGCGUUACUGCGUCAGGCAAGCUAUGGGACUAUAAAGAUUGGUGUUUAUCACUACAUGAAAAGACUUUUCGCUGAAUCAGAAAAAGAUGAAUCUCUACCAGUCAAUGUAUUUUGUGGCAUUGUGGCGGGAAUCGUGUCCAGCUCGGUGGCAAAUCCAACAGAUGUACUCAAGGUUCGUAUGCAAGCACGAUCCUCCCUGAAGGGUAAUGAGAGCAUGUUUCAAGCAUUCCAAGACAUCUUCAGACAGGAAGGGCUUCCAGGAUUAUGGAGGGGUGUAGGACCAACGGCACAGAGAGCAGCGAUUGUGGUGGGUGUCGAGUUACCUGCCUAUGAUAUGAUCAAACGUUACCUACUCACACAUGAGAUUAUGGGAGAUACGAAAUCAAACCAUUUCACGUCCAGCUUCAUCGCAGGGUUGGCAGGGGCUGUAGCUUCUACACCAGUUGACGUUAUCAAGACACGUUUGAUGAACCAACGUAAGUUUAAGGCGAAUGUUGUUCUGGAAGGGGGAGCUGCUGUUCCAGCGAUCUAUACAUCUUCUCUCCACUGCCUUACACAGACGGUAAAAACAGAAGGUCUUACGGCCCUUUAUAAAGGUUUCAUACCAAACUGGCUAAGACUUGGACCUUGGAACAUCAUUUUCUUCAUGACCUACGAACAACUGAAGAAGCUCACGUGAAAUGACAGCCUCCAAUUAGAACAACCUCAAUGUAUCCAAACAGAUCAAGGGGCGAUUUCUGUUUUGGAAAACCUAUUGGAAAAAAUACUUUGUACUAUUUUCUUGGCAAGCGUGCAAUGUUUGGCCUCAGUGAUGGAAUUUCAGUUUGAAUAUGAAAAAUACUCCAUCUUUGAAGUCUCUCUCCCGUUGUUUUAUACAUGCUGUUUUUCUCAUUUUUG